ACCACGAGGCGACAACGGCACAGCGCUACUGCAUCCUGAUUUUAUAUUUUAAAUUUAUUUACAAAACAAAUAAAACAGAAGGUGCCGUGAUAUUAGCCCCGGGAAAUAUUUUAUUAAGUAGAAGUAGGCACUGGAGUCAAUGAAGUCGGUUUUGGAGCGAAUUCAAUUCAUCGAUCUUUCAAGCAACAAGCAUAUGGCGAAAGGAAAGCAUUCGCACGCACGGGCACAGGGGAAGAGAUGGUCGAUGUUCACGCUGGUUUUGUGGAUGCUUCUCUUGCUCACACUUAUCCUCGUCGUGCUCCUUGCUCUCGGGAUCAUUUAUCUUCCAACUACCGAUGACGAUUCUCCAACCACGGAUCUCAGUGCCUUCAGGCGCAAGACCUCUCAAAGUGGUGAGAGUUUGGUAGAAAAGCAGGAACAGUGGACGGAAAUUCUCUCCUGGGAGCCGAGAGCUUUCGUCUAUCACAAUUUCCUGUCCAAAGAAGAAUGUGAAUACUUGAUUGAACUUGCCAAGCCUUAUAUGGUAAAAUCAAGUGUUGUUGAUAGCAAGACUGGAAAGAGUACAGAAAGCAGGGUUCGAACUAGUUCAGGAAUGUUUCUGAAGAGAGGAAGGGACAAAAUUGUCCAAAAUAUAGAAAAAAGAAUUGCUGACUUUACCUUCAUACCUGUAGAGAAUGGAGAAGGACUUCAGAUUCUUCACUAUGAAGUAGGGCAAAAAUAUGAGCCUCACUAUGAUUACUUCCUUGAUGAGUUCAACACUAAGAAUGGAGGCCAACGUAUUGCUACAGUUCUUAUGUACCUUUCAGAUGUUGAAGAAGGUGGUGAGACUAUAUUUCCUGCUGCCAAGGCAAAUUUUAGUUCUGUGUCAUGGUGGAAUGAUUUAUCUGAAUGUGGAAGAAAGGGUCUAUCUGUGAAACCAAAAAGGGGUGAUGCGCUGCUAUUUUGGAGCAUGAGGCCAGAUGCUACUCUUGAUCCAUCUAGUUUACAUGGUGGUUGCCCAGUAAUUAGAGGAAAUAAAUGGUCUUCAACAAAGUGGAUGCAUCUUCAUGAGUACAAGGUUUAGGCCAUCAACUUUGCAGGAUUAAUGUGGUACAUGGUUUGUAUUUCAUUGCAUCUUGAAUUGAAGAAACACAGGUUCCAUGCAUUCCUAUUCACACCUUAUGCUACUUAGUGAUGUUUUCCAUUGCUCAGGUAUGCCAGCAUUUUCUUCAUAUGUUGAAUAAACACAUCGGCUUCCCUUGCUAAUGGAUAGUUAAUUUGGCAUUGCCAUGGGAAAAAGGAGUACCUUCAGGUAAUGAUCCGAAUUGAUAUAUCUGUUGGUCUUAUAGAGUUUUUAUGUCUUUAGGAAAGAGGCUUACUCGGAAAAGAUGUGUUAGAGUACAGGUAGAGAUACAUUUGUAAUUUAACAUACUGAAAGGCUAGUAUAUUGAUCAUAAUUAACUUUUUGAGAAUGCGCUAUGUUUCACAAAAGAAAGUAAAACACAUUUGGAGAAGUAAUCAAAUUUAGUUUGUGCAAAAUCCUCUUUUUUCCUACGUUCUUGGUGUAUUUUUUUUUUAUCAUAAAUCAUGUGUUGUUUCUUCCUUUGAAAAGUGUCUUUCAGUCAUUAUUAUUAUUGUUGUAAAUGCCAUUUGCUAAUAAGACCGUGUGAUUUAUAACAAUGAUUAAAAUUAAAUUUAUGAUGUUUUAAAGUUAUAGCAUUUAUUUAAGCAUAUUCCCUUACUUUCAUUUUUAUUAUGGAAUUUAUUUUUUAAAGUUGAUAUUAUUUUAAGUAUGAUUAAAUCGUAGGGUGUCUUGCUGUUAUCAAUCCUUUUCUGUUUUUUAUGCCCUUUGGUUCCCUGGAUUUCACUUUUGGUUUAUUUGCAUGAGAAAAUAAAGGUAGGGUUAGGCUUAAGGCAACGGGUUAGAUAAUGAGCUUCAGCCAUUCCAUUUUGAUUCUUAUCAGUCUCAGCAACUGAAAAUAAGUGUAAAGAGGGCAACCUGGAAAGAUAUCAUCUCAAAAAUUGAGGGAUUAUAAAGGAGAUAUUGUACAAAUUCGUUUCGGUUUUGAUAAGCAAUCACCCAAUAUCAUGGGCUGAUAGUAGGAGACUUCAACCAUUGGACAGACCAAAAAUUUUUUUCUCUAGUGGAUAAUCUUCAUUUAUCCCCUGAUAAACUUGAUUAGUCAUUGAUCGAUAUUACAAAUGCCAAUUUUUUUAGGG